AGGUACCAUAUUUUUGCUCAGACUGAGUCACUACUCAGUGAGCCGGUUUCACAUGUUUCACAUGUGCAGUCCCAUUGGGCUGCCGGUGUGUGCGGCCUGCUUCUGUUUGACCAUCUUGGCAUCCGGCUCCUCGGCUCCUCGGCUCCUUGGCUCCACGGCUCCUCGGCUCCUCGGUUCUGGUCACAGAGCCCAGGCUUGGGAGGCUGCGAGCUGGCAGAGCUGUCGGGUGCUGGCCGCAGGCGUCAGCACGGACGACUCCGGCAGCACCUGCCGGGCUAGGCUGGCCAUGCCCCUCCAGACGCCGGUCCUCACCGAGCAGACGAGCUGAUCGCCGUGUGCUAAGGAACACAUUGGUGCUAGAUCUGCAAGUGCAAAGGAGAGAUCACCUACAGCCCGGAGGUGUUUGAUGGCUACGUUUACACUGUCCCAUUUGCGGAGGGAGUGCGGCACUGAUCAGGAAGGCCGCCCGUUUGCGGUGGAUCCUGCCCCAUGGCGAGUGAAGCAUUGCUGGUGCAUCCCACAUGACAUUCAGGCGAUUCUCGAACCCUAUGGCACGAGCAUCCACAAAAAGGAAUGCUCCGAACUCACGCACUGUGAAAACGAGAGGCGUUUGCCAAUGCAGCGCCGCCUCUUCGCGAAGAUGCGCGACCGACUGGCUGCAAAGAGGCGGCUUACCCACUACUCCCGGCGCUGGCGCACCUAUCACUACACCCCGUGGCCCUUGUGACUAUUGACGAGGAUGCGCCUGCGAAAUCAGUUGCGUCCGGAGUGCCGGGGAGCGCCCUCGCAGAGCUGGAUUAGCAGGGCAUCUUGCUCAACACAUUCUCGUGAAUGGUCUGCGUCGUCGCCGCUGCACGUGGGACCUUUCAGGGCCAUGCUCUGUGGACCAUGAAAGGGCAGCAAGGCUACCAAAUGCGGCAAUCGCAGAGGUGGCAAAGCCUCGUGGAGUCCAAUCAGAACACCCAAGCUUGACUUUGGCGCAAGAUUGGCCCAUUUCAAGCCCAAAGUGGCUUGCGGCUUACUGGGCGCUAGCCGCAGGCGGCUGCAACAUGGAAUUUCGAGAUUGCAAGCGAAACACAUUAAAGACGCCGCUCCGAUGCUCCGACGUGCAAAUCUGUACCUUCAGCGGUUUUUGAGCUCAAGCUGCACAAUUGAUUUGCAUUUAAUUCGGGCAAUGGACUGAUUUGCCUUCCUGGCCUUGUGGCCACGCGUGUUAUGGCGCUUGAAUCGUUCUUGGGUCAAGCCCUGUCCCGCAACAAGGCAUUCGAGAAAGUUGACCUUUGGAAAGAGCGGGAGAUCCAGGACAAAGGAAGCCGAUGUACCAUAUCGUUGAAAAGUCGAAAGGGCGAUGUCGUGCGGCAAGUCACCAAAGUGCCCGAGGGGGCCGAGGUGACGAGCAACCUUCUGAACCAAUUCGAGAAUGAAAGAGAGGCCAAUGCUGCAAGCAAGGAGGAUGUGCUUCUCGAACGACUUGCAAACGGGAAGGACCCCGCCUGGCGACCGGAUGUUUUCCUGUCGGAGCUGAAGGGCCUGAGCAAGGGCGGGAUACCUUGGAAGAUGCGGCCUCAAGACUACCUGCGCAUGGACGCUGCCUUUGUUCAGAAGGUGGUGUCUGCCUACAAGGCAAACAAAAAAGCAGAAAAGAAAAAGAAAAAGAAGAAGCAGAAAAAGAAGGAGAAGAAGAAGGAGAAGAACAAGUUGAAGGGCGUGACUGGCGAGAAGAAGGAAAAAAAGAGCAAGAAGGACAAGAAGAGCAAGAAGCAGAAAAAGGAGAAAGGACAAAAAGAGGAGGUGAAGCAAGAUGUACACGUGGAGGAGAAGCGAAGGAGUAAAGUGGUUUGUGAUGCCGAAGGCAAUCAAGAAGAGCUGGAGGAAGUUGUGGAGGUGAAAACCACAAAAGUCACGGUGCGUCGGAAGAAGCCUGCUGAUGCCGACGAGGCCGUGGAGGCUGAGGCCAAGGCUGCCCGAUUAGCUUCAAAGCUUCGAGAGAAGGUUGCUGCGCAACUCCAGGCUGGUAUUGGCGAAGCCUCACCGAGCACUGGACAAAGCCCCAGCGACAGCUCCGGGUCCAGUUCAGACGAAGCUGCCGAAAUGGACAGCGGAGAUGAAGCUGCCGAAAUGGGCAGCGGAGAUGAGCCAGAUGAACCCGAGAGAUGGACUGCUGAACCUUCUGAGGAGAGCAGCAGUGAAUGAUCCCAGCAAAGGACAGCGGGACCGUUCUCAGUUAGCGGUGUC